AUGGGAACAUUUAAUCCUGCAGACCACGGCACUCGCGGUCUGAAGGCGGACGACCAGAAGUGGGAAAGUUUGCCCUGGGGGCCGCCAUUCCUGAGAAGCUUAGAAAAAACUCCUCCAUUCAAAUUGGUCUCCGCUGAAGAAAUCGAAGAGCAGAUUGAGCUUAAGCGCACAAUGACUCAACCAAACAACUGUCGCAAUCAGCGUCAAUUUACUUUCUUAUCAUUUGCAAUGGUAUAA